GCACGCCCCCGUCUUUCUCUUCCCCUCUUUCUUCUUUUCUAACGAUUUUCUUCAGGCACUUCACCGCCCACCCCCUCAAAACGAGAAUCCCCCUCCCCAAGGCCGCCCGCCAUCCGCCGUUUUCGCCGCCAGCAGCAAACCCGGAUGCCCCAAGAGAGAUAGUCCAUGGUGUCUGGGCUAUGAGUGGAGGAGCUGGAAUAGGAGUAUUUAUUUCACAACCCAAAUAGUGAUGAGAUGGGAUGGAGUGAGAUAUUUUCACAAGCAAGCAUAGGUUUCUGAUUUCGAGGGGUCCCGAUGUCAGAACUCUUAUCAUGUCUCUUUGGUUUUUAUCUUGACAUGUUAAUACUCUUCUGCAUGAGUUCUUAGACGUGGUAGAUGGAGUGUUAGCUAUGAAGUUGUCGGUGAUAUGUUUGGGGCUAGAAUAGUUUCAUUGUUUGAAUUGAAAUCACUAAAAGAAAAGGAGAAAAAGAAAGAAUGUUCGAAGGAUUGGUUAGACAGUUGAUAUUGGGAUAUCUGGGCCGAUACAUUAAAGACAUCCAGAAGGAGCAACUCAAAAUCACUCUUUGGAAUGAGGAAGUAUUACUAGAAAAUGUUGAGCUGAUUCUUGAAGCCUUUGACUACCUCCGGCUGCCAUUUGCAUUCAGACAAGGUCGUGUUGGGAAGUUGAGUAUCAAAAUUCCCUGGAAGAAACUUGGCUGGGACCCUCUCAUAAUCAUUUUGGAGGAUGUAUUUAUUUGUAUCUCUCAGCGACAUGAUGAAGAGUGGUGCAUGGAUGCUGUUGAAAGAAGAGAGUUUGCGAGCAAAAAGGCCCAACUUGCUGCAGCAGAACUUGCAAAGUUAUCGAGACGCGUAUGUGACAAUCAGACUGGAAAAUCUUUUAUUUCAUACAUCACUGCUAAGAUUCUUGACAGCAUCCAAGUGUCCAUAAGAAAUGUCCACGUCCUUUAUCGUGACACAUUGAGUGAGACGGUAGAAAUUUUAUUUGGUGUGAAGUUUUCAAGUUUGACGAUUACGAGGCAACCUGCUGGAUCUUCUGUUGCAAAGGUUAGAGGGGGUCAAGUCAACAAAUUGAUUGAAGUUCAGAGUUUGGAACUUUAUUGUAAUACUGUUGAAAAAACUGAAGCAAGUACAGAGAAUGCCGUGGGUUACGAGAAACUGGGAAGGGAAAGAAUUGAAGAUCAAAAGUUUUCAUCUAUGUUGGCUCCACUUGAUGUAUCAGUUUCUCUGUCGGUAAACAGAUCAGGAAAGCUAUUAAAUGAUGCGCCACAGUAUUCUAUCAAUGUUGAGUUGGCUUGCGUGGCCAUCACAAUGGAUGAGGUUCAGCUGCAGCAGAUCCUGUCUCUUUGCGACUAUAUAUCUAUAUGUCGAUUAAGAGAGAAAUAUGGAUGUUAUCGUCCUUGGUGGAGCCCUUUAGGGAAAAGGCUCGAGGGAUGGCAAAAAGCAUGGUGGCACUAUGCUCAGGAGUCUGUUCUUUCUGAUGUUCGGAGGAGGUUGAGAAAAACAUCUUGGAAGUAUUUUGGAGAGAGGCUGACCUCUCGCCGGAAGUAUGUGAGUUUGUACAAGACCAAGUUGAAAUGUCUUAAACAUGACCAGGUGAUAGAACAAGAUGUGCAGCAUGAGUUGGAGGAAAUGGAGAAAGAAACUGAUAUAGAUGACAUUUUGGAUUACAGAUCUGUUGCUGAACGUGAACUACAGGAUUUCUUGGUAAAUCCGUCAUUGAGAUAUGGGAGCAACAGUGGAAAUGUUGACAAGUCUGUUGAAGAUGAUCGUCCUCCUAGCAAGGCCAAGGCCCGUGGAUGGUUGAAUUGGUUAUCAUAUGGGAUGCUUGGGGCAGGGGGAACAGAUGAUUCUAAUCAAUUUUCUGGUGUCAUUUCAGAUGAUGUGAUCAAGGAUAUAUAUGAGGCCACAAAAUUCCAUCCUGCUUCUGAACUAGUUGGGGAUUCUACUACAAUGGUGGAAUUUUACUUUUCUUCAAUGAAAAUCAACAUUUCUGAAACCCAUACCACGCUUCGGAGCAUGGAGCUCGGACAGGCUAUUGCUGAUUUGACGCUGAAGGGGAUUUCUAUUGAGGGCAAGGUCUGGGAGAAAUCUGCAAUUAUUAGUGCUUCUAUCAACUCGGCACAGAUGGUUAAUCCAUUUAAAAAUCAAGUUGUUUUCUUCACAAAAAAGGUUGAUGCUGAGGAUGAGUUGCUUGAAAACCAGCAUCCUUCUCUAAACGUCAAAGUUGAUCUCUCCCCUCCAACAUGUGAUGUAAAUUCAUCAGUGAAGAUUGUACUUAAUCCGACUGAACUGAUCUGUGAUACAGAAUUUUUGAAGAAUAUUUCGGGUUUCUUACAUGUUCUACAACAGUUUAGCUUUCAGCAGCAAAGGAUGCUGCUGUCUCUAAAUGGCAUUCAUGACCUUAACUCGCGACUUGUGUCAAAAAUUGGUUAUGUUUUAUCAAGUCGUAAAAAGAUGAUGUGGGAUAUCAAUCUUUUCAGUACUGUCAUCAAUAUACCAAGGGAAAAUGCUAACACUGAAGCGCAUGAUUUAGUAAUGGAAAUAGGAGCUAUUUCACUCAAAUCCAAGUCUGAAGUAGUCUCUUCUUGUUCUCACUUGGAGGAUGGGUCUCAUCUUCUGAACAGACAUGUUCGUUUUGGGUCUGGUACUAUUAGAAACACUCAAAUGGAGAUUCAGCUUCAGGAUCUAUAUGAUCACUUUGAAAUCCAGAUAAAUGAUGCACAGGUGAUACUAAUGGCAGCUUCUUUUGCAACUAUCCCUCUCGUCGAGAAAUUUAGCGCUUCUGCAAACUUGGUGGGCUGUAUUUUCCUCGAUGAACCCAUCCUCAAAGGAUUUGAGGUUCAUGUACAGGUGCCAUCGCUAGUUGUUCACUUCUCUGCUUCCUCUUAUAAGGAAAUUAUGGGAUUUGUUUCACGGUUUAGUAUGCUUCUUCCUAUAUCAGACUCCAAAGUUUCAGAACUCACGUCAAAUGGUUUGAAUACUUCUGUGCAUCCAUGGUUUUCUAUUAUUACUAGCUUGGAUACAAUUUCUUUGCUAGUUAAUCUUGAAGAUAGUGAGGUUGAUGGCUGCAUCCUGAAUCUGUAUUGUCAGAAGCUAGGUGUUUGGUGUGAUCGAAGAGAUCUCCCAGAGUGUUGGGCCUCUGUUCAGGCAUGUCGGAUCACUGCUAGUUCCACAAAAGAUGGUUUUGGAAACCAUAUAGUUUGCUUGACUGGAAGUAUGUGGGAAUCUGAAUCUGUAGGUCAGCAAAAUAUCAACCUAGAAAGUGAUAAUGGACAUUUGGAUCAUGGAGGUUCAAUUCUUGAGGGGUGCAUUGUCCUGCAUUUUGAAGCUGUCAGAAGUACUCAACGGCUUCUUCAAAAGUGUACGAUAUAUGCAAGUGAUCUUGAUAUUCAUUGCUAUCCGUUUAUUGUUGGGCAGUUUGUUGCCUUUCUGGACAAACUAGUAUUAUCUGGAGUAUCUGAUAUUGAAAGCAGGAAGCCACAUGUGGAAAAUGACAACUCAUCAACUCAUGGUUUUGUGCUUCAAAAAUGUGGUCUUUUGAAUGACAGUGGGUCUUGUAAAUCACCAAGCAUUCCGUUGGAUCACGAUCCUGUUGAGAAACUGUUGUCUCUUCGUGAUCUUCAGUCUAUAGCUGAAGAUUUGAAGCUUAAAUUGAAUACAACUGUCUACCUAACAGAUCAUAAAAUAAGAAACUCCAAAUUAAGCCUUACGGAGACACCAAAGAUGUUUUCUGCUCCGUUAGUGAAUUGUAACAUUGAUGCAAUAGGAACUUUUACUGUUAGUGACUUGCUUUUUCUCAAUUUGAAUCUUGGCACCAUCAAAGUGCAUUUUCAUGAUUCGUCAUGCAUUAUUGGAACUGUUAUGGUGCCCCUGGCAAAAUCGUUACUUACCGUUUCUGCAGACUGUUUGGACAUGGUUUGUUCAACUGAAGGAGUGGUCCUUUCUUCAUCAUGGUGGUCUCAAAUAAUUAAUGAAUUUCUUUGGGGGCCUCUAUCUGGAAAUGUAUCUCCAAUCCUAAACUUCCAUAUGAAGAAAAGAAACACUGGUUCUGGAAAUUCUCGACUUGAAAUGAGUUUUCACAUCCAGCAAGUUUCCUGCUUGUUGCCUCUUGAAUUUCUCGCUAUGUUAAUCAGUUAUUUUUCACAGCCUGAUUGGAGUUAUGCAAAAGGACACCCUACCGAUACAAUAAGUUUUGGAGAUUCCAGCACCAGUACAUAUAAUUUCAAUCUUGUAGAUUGUAAUUUAAUUACUCCUGCUAACAGUGCGUGCUCUGAGGCCCUAAAAGUUAAUAUUAGACAACUGUGUGUUGCUUUCUCACAAGACAGUGACAAAAGUUCUUUAACCAAGGGUAUUCCUUCUGCAUGCUGCAUUGGUACUGGCAAAUUUUCUGAUGGAAAUCACUGUUUAGACUUCUCUGGAUGUGAUCUAUCUCUAUCCCUUUUAAUAUUGGAGAAGGAUAUUGUCAAUCCCUUGAAUAUAUGCCCAAAUCUUACCUUGAUAGCAUCAUUGAGUGCAGAUGUUUGGGUGAGAAUACCCUAUGAUUUUGACACUGAUUUGGCUUCUUCUCCGAUUUGUAUCAUGGCUAUGGUGAAUGACUGCCAGCUUGAUGCUGAAGAAGUAUGCGUAAUUGCUGGGUUCAAGGCACUAGGUUAUGUCAUUGAUCAGUUCUCUUUGGUCGAUGAAGCAUCCAACAUUGUUGUAUCUGAUGUUCCACAUCUUCUACAGGCAAAGAAACAAAUGGAGGAAUACACUGCAUCACCUCCUAAAACUUCAAAUGUGACAUUCAAUGAGAUGAGAUUCUGUGUCAGUUCAUUAUCAUUAAGACUGCAUCGGAGGAAAAGAGAUUCAACUUGUUCUGAACUCAUUGCAGAUGCUGAAAUGCACUUUCUGUGUUCUUUAUCACUGAAGAAUGGCAGACCUCAGAGUUUUGAUAUCUCUUUCUCGUCUCUGGCACUAUUUUCGUUGCUCAAUUCUGUUGUGCUUGCCGAAUUUGUUUGUCUCGGGUCAGGCUCGUCAGUUCUGGACAUAAUUCUUUCAGUGUCCGAUUAUGGUGAAAAUCGGGUAGUUGUGUCUUUUCCUAGCUUGGAUGUGUGGCUACACCUGUUUGAUUGGGAUGAGGUUAUUGAUCUACUUAGUUCGUUCUUUGGGCAACUGUCUAUACUCACCUCACGGGAAUCAGCAGAAGGUAUGUAUAACAGUCCAGUUGACAAAAGUAAAUUUGUGGCAGGUGAUGGUGCAAAUCUUGCAUCAGAGAACAUUAGUAAGGGUGCUUGUUUUUCUAUUGCACUAGAACAUGUUGGCUUGGCUGUUCAUUUUCCUGCUGUAGCCAGCCCGGAUACAUAUAACACAUUUGGAGGGCCCAAUUUUCGCGCUAAGCAGCCUCUGGACAAGAAUUGUGGCUUUCAAAGUGGUAGCCGGAAUUGUUUUUUUUCCAUUAGCCUGCAAAUUAGAAACACUGAACUGGUUGCUGAUGAGAAAACUGUGAAACUGAUAAUCAGUUGUGAGGAUUUGAAUGGUGUACUGAAGUUGUUUAAGGGAAACAGUGCACAGACUUGGCCCCUUUUUCAAUUAUCUAAAAUCCACCUGGAGGCCGAGAUUUUUAAUUAUGAGACUGAGAAUGUGGACAUAAAGUUGUUGGUUCAAUGCGACAGUCUGAAUUUGUCAUUCUCAAAUCACAUUCUGUACCUCUUUCAGUUUACAUGGUUCAAAAGAUCAGGAGAAAUGCGUUCUCCAUUUAAUUUUAAGAGAAUGGACUUAAAAGUGCGACUAAGGAAAUUUUCUCUUCUUUUAACAGAUUGGAAGCGGACUUCUAAUGGGCCAUUGCUGGAGUUUCUUGUGAGAAACUCAAUCUUUAUGUCCACUGUCACUGAGAAUGAGGUUGAAGGCUCAGUUGGGUGUGACCUUCAAGUGAACUACUACAGCAUUGACAAGGUCUUAUGGGAGCCUCUUGUGGAGCCUUGGAAAUUGCAGUUGAGCAUGAGCAGAAAGCAGGACGAAAGGGCUCUGUUUAGUGGCGCUAUCAUGACAGAUAUCAAUCUUGAAUCUAAGACACAUCUCAAUUUGAAUCUCAAUGAAUCCAUUAUUGAGGUUGUCUUGAGAGCAAUGGAGAUGAUCAAGGAUGCUUGGAGCCUUAUGGAAAUUUCUGAAAGCCCAGAUUUCUCAAAUUCUCCAUUAACUCAAAGUCCAGAAACAAGAAGAUACGCUCCAUACAUGCUACAAAACUUAACUAGUCUGCCUCUAGUCUUUUGUGUGUGCCAAAGGCAGCUUGAUGCUGAUGAUUUGGAUGUUUCCCCAUCAAAAGGUGUCUUGCAACCUGGGUCUUCUGCUCUUGUUUACAUCAAUGAAUCACCUGAGGAGCUACUUUUCCGCUAUAGACCAGUGCAGUCUUCUGACCGACUAAACGACAAGCAAUUACUUGAGGCAGCACACCGAUAUGUUACUUUCCAACUGGAGGGUACCUCUGUUCCUUCUGCUCCCAUUUCAAUGGAUCUUGUUGGUCGCAGAUACUUUGAAGUGGAUUUUUCAAAAUCAUCACAUGUUUCUGAAGUUUAUAGUGAUUCAAAUUCUGUGAAAAGAAAUAGAAAAGUUGAUGGAGAUGGUGGUGGAGAAGCAAUUAGAGGAUUUGCUAUUCCUGUAGUCGUUGAUGUUUCUGUGCACCGGUUUACAAAGUUGAUGCGAUUAUUUUCAACAGUUGUGAUUAUAAAUGCAACUUCUGUGGCUCUUGAAGUGCGGUUUGAUAUACCCUUUGGUGUGUCCCCAAAGAUUUUAGGCCCAAUAUUUCCCGGGCAAGAGUUUCCACUCCCUCUGCAUUUGGCUGAAGCUGGCUGCAUGCGCUGGCGUCCUCUUGGUGAUUCAUACCUAUGGAGUGAAGCUUAUAAUAUCUCAAGUAUUAUCUCUGAAGAUGUCAGGAUUGGCUUUCUGCGUAACUUCGUUUGCUAUCCUUCUCAUCCAAGCAAUGAGGCAUUUCGCUGCUGCAUUUCUGUGAAUGGUCAGUGCCUACCUCCAGUUGGUAAAGCAAAGAUGGUGUAUUCCCUGGUCGCUGUUGAUAGUGGUAAACAAUCUCAGAACGUUCAUAGUCAAUCCUCCAACAAUUUGGAGAUACCACGGAGUCGGUUUCUGUACCAAGUGAUGUUGACUAGUCCUUUUGUGUUGAAGAACUAUCUGAUGAGGUCAAUAUCUGUGACGUUAGAAGAUGCUGGUGUCACACGUACUGCCUUUCUAUCUGAGGUUGAAACACCUUUCUUUAAUAUUGAUUCUUCGCAUGACUUGUCGAUAACACUCCAAAUACAUGGAUUUAGGCCUUCAACUCUGAAGUAUCCACGUGUUGAAUCAUUUAGUGAGAAAGCUAAAUUCAGUGGAACUAAGUUCUCUACAUCUGAAAUAAUCAGAUUUGAUCCUGAGUUUUCUGAUGGCCCAUUAUUUGUUACAAUGGAGAAGGUGAUGGAUGCAGUAUCUGGAGCUCGUGAAAUAUUGAUGACUGUUCCAUUUUUGUUGUAUAAUUGUACUGGAUAUUCUCUAAACCUCUCAAACUCUGUCAAUGACAAUAAAGGAUAUAGCUGUAUUAUUCCUUCAUGCUAUGAUUUGGACGAGCAGAAGCUGCUUAUUCACAAGAAAGAUGGUCUGGGUCUUAUCUGUUCAAAUUUAUCUGCUACAGGUUCUACCAGUGAAACAAAUCCGGAAUCACCUAAUUUUGUAGAAAGUGGUUGCAGAAAGGUCACCGCUUGCUGGUUUUCGCCUGAUCCCCAUUCAUAUUCUGGGGAAGUAACAGUGAAGCUAAGUAGGCAUCUGCCUUCUGUUCUAGAAAAUUAUCCAAAGCGUUCAUGGUCUGCCCCAUUUUCGCUUGUCCCACCAACCGGUUCGACCACUGUUCUUGUUCCCCAACCAUCCAUGGCAUCUGGGUGCAUGUUAUCUGUUUCGGCCAUGGCUGCACCAUUUUCUGGAAGAACAAACAUUAUCACUUUCCAACCAAGAUAUGUGAUUGCUAAUGCAUGCACCAAGAAUUUAUGUUAUAAGCAAAAGGGAACUGAUUUUCCUCUACUUUUGAGAGCUGGUCAACAUUCCUAUAUUCAGUGGAUGGAUACAGCAAGGGAAUUUCUGGUUUCUGUUCGCUUUGACGAGCCAGGAUGGGAGUGGUCUGGAUGCUUCUUACCUGAGCAGUUGGGUGACACUCAGGUUAAAGUGCGCAACUAUAUGACCACUGCUGUCAGCAUGAUGCGCGUAGAAGUGCGGAGUGCUGAUGUUUCUGUUGGUGAAGAAAAGAUUGUUGGGAGCACGAGUGGGAACUCUGGGACAAACUUGAUUCUUUUGUCCGAUGAUGAUACAGGCUUUAUGCCAUAUAGGAUUGACAACCAUUCAAGGGAGAGAUUGCGGGUUUAUCAGCCGAAAUGUGAAUCUUUUGAGACAGUGAUUCACCCUUAUACAUCUUCCCCUUAUGCUUGGGAUGAACCCUGCUAUCCACAUCGGCUCACUGUUGAGGUGCCAGGCGAACGUAUCUUAGGAUCAUAUGCUAUUGAUGAUGCAUCAGCUCAUUCACUUGUGUACCUACCUGCAACUUCAGAGAAACCUGAAAGGAAGUUGCUCAUUUCUGUCCAUUCUGAAGGAGCAAUAAAGGUUCUCAGUAUUAUCGAUUCAAGUUACCAUGUUUUGAAUGAUCUGAAGAGUCUUCAUGUUCGUCAGUUGAAAGAUAAAGGAAGACAAACUCAGAAGUAUGAAUCUUUUGUUAAUUACAAGGAACGAUUAUCAAUAGACAUUCCCUUCCUUGGAAUAUCUUUGAUGAAUGCACAUCCUGAGGAGUUACUCUUUGCAUGUGCCAAGAACACAAAAGUUAACUUUGUACAGAGUUUGGACCAACAGCAAUUCUCCUUUCAAAUUGCAUCCUUGCAGAUUGAUAACCAAUUACAUACAACACCAUAUCCUGUAAUAUUAUCCUUCAACUGUGUAAACAAGGGCAGUGUGGGAAACCAGAUGAAGUCUAAAGAUAAUAGUGCAAAACUCCUCAGUGGAAGUACGAGUCAAAUUGCUUCUUCAAACUUGCAUGAACCUGUGUUCUCCUUAGCUGUUGCCAAGUGGAGACACGAGGAUACAUCACUGGUUUCAUUUGAAUCUAUUAGCCUCAGAAUAGCAGAUUUUUAUCUUGAGAUUGAGCAAGAAAUUGUAUUGAGAUUGUUUGAAUUUUGCAAAACUGCGUCUUCGAGGUUGCAGAACAGAGUUUUUCAGAAUAUAGAUUUCUCACAGAGUCUGUUUUUUUCUGUGGAAUUCACUGGGGAGAUCACUAGAAAUGCUCAGUAUUCGACGAGAUUGGAUGAGAAACAUCUCAAUUGCACCGGCACUACACUGCUGACUGAAGAUUACAAAAGAAGCUGUUUGCUGCCCCAUGUGGUCCCAAUUGGAGCUCCUUGGCAGAAAAUUCAACUUUCAGCACGGAAGCAGAAGAAAAUAUAUGUUGAACUGUUUGAUAUGGGACCAAUAAAACUGACGUUGAGCUUUUCAAGCAGUCCAUGGAUCCUUAGGAAUGGUGUUAUUACAUCUGGGGAAUCUCUUAUUCAUAGAGGUCUUAUGGCUCUUGCUGAUGUUGAGGGUGCAAAAAUUCAUUUCAAACAGUUGGUCCUUUCACACCAGAUAGCUAGUUGGGAAUCCAUUCAAGAGAUCCUUGUUAGCCAUUACACUCGACAAUUUCUACAUGAGAUGUACAAGGUUUUUGGUUCUGCUGGUCUAAUAGGAAAUCCUGUGGGAUUUGCGCGGAGUUUAAGUCUUGGCAUCAAAGACUUUUUCUCCCUUCCUAUCUGGAGUGUUUUCCAGAGCCCAGCUGGACUUAUUACAGGUAUGGCCCAAGGUACAACGAGUCUUCUCAGCAAUACAGUUUACGCAAUAAGUGAUGCUACUAGUCAAUUCAGCAAAGCUGCACAUAAGGGCAUUUUAGCAUUUACAUUUGAUGAUCAAACUGCAAGUAUGAUCGAGAGGCAACAGAAAGGAAUGGCUUCACAAAGUAAAGGAGUGAUCAAUGAAUUCCUUGAGGGACUCACUGGUGUACUCCAGUCCCCAAUUAAAGGGGCUGAAAAGCAUGGCCUACCAGGAGUGCUUUCAGGUAUAGCACUGGGUGUCACGGGACUCGUGGCAAGACCAACAGCUAGUAUACUUGAGGUCACAGGAAAAACUGCACAGAGUAUCAGAAACCGUAGUAGGAUAUAUCAGAUGGGAUACCGGUGUUUCAGAGUCCGUUUACCAAGGCCUCUGAGUGCAGAAUCUCCUUUGAAGCCUUACUCUUGGGAGGAAGCAGUUGGAACACAUGUGCUCACUGAAACCGAUAUGAAGCUGAGGGAUGAGACGUUGAUUAUGUGCAAGGCACUUAAGCAAUGUGGUCAACAUGUAUUGAUCACGAGCAGGCUUAUCUUAGUUGUCAGCUGUUCCAGUUUAAUAGACUUGGGCAAACCGAAUUUUGAAGGGGUGCCUGCUGAUCCAAAGUGGGUGUUGCAAUCAGAAAUUAGAAUGGACAGUGUAAUUCUUGCUGACAAUGACGGAGAGAUUGUACACAUUGUGGGGAGUGGUUCAGAUACUUCAUUUAGACAGAACCUACAGCAGCAUAAAAGAGGAAAUGGGGGAAAGGGAAAGCUCUGGAACAAAUGUCAAAAUCCGCUCCCUCUUUCUCAAACCAACUUAGAGUUCAGGUGCUCAGAAGACGCAGAUGAGUUCUUGAGAGUAUUGAUGUGUAUGAUAGAAAGAGGAAAAGAGCAAGGCUGGUGUUCGGUAUACGUACUGCACCAGAGCAAUAUCAAGUGAGUAAGAUGGAUGACUAAUGCUGAGUAGUGUGGGAAUAAUCAAUUUUGUCACUGAUGGGAUCGCGUCCCCCACCCACAAAGUGUAGUAAAAUGAAUCCUGGUUGAGUUUAACGAUUGAUGAAGUUUUGUUAGGCUAUUUAUGUUUGGAUGCUGGUUCAACAGAUUUUUGUUUGGCUGUCCUGAUUGUAAGACCCGUACUGUUGAAUAUUUCUAUGAUAUAAAAUGUAGUAGUUACCUCGAAAA